UUGCACAUAUGGCCCCUAAUGUUUCAUGCUUAUAUUGCCCUUAAACUAGGAUUGUAUUGGAGCUAUUGGUGGUACACAUGUAAGAGCCACUGUUCCUAGAGAUAUGGAGCAUGCCUUUCGUGGUAGGAAGUCCUAUGCGACUCAAAAUGUAAUGGCGGCUGUAGAUUUUGAUCUACGCUUCACUUAUGUGUUGGCUGGUUGGGAGGGAACAGCUCAUGAUGCUAAUGUAUUACGAGAUGCUUUAGAACGUGUGAAUGGCCUUCGCGUUCCACAAGGUAAAUUCUACCUAGUUGAUGCGGGAUAUGGAGCAAAACCGGGAUUCUUGCCUCCAUUUCGUGGUGUGAGAUACCAUUUAAACGAAUGGGGCAAUAAUCCCGUACAGAACGAGAAAGAGUUGUUUAAUCUAAGGCACUCAUCUCUUCGCGUCACAGUUGAGCGUGCAUUCGGGUCAUUGAAGAGAAGAUUCAAGAUUUUAGAUGAUGCAUCUCCUUUCUUCCCUUUUCCAACACAAGUUGAUAUUGUUGUUGCUUGUUGUAUCGUUCAUAAUUGGGUCAUACAAGAUGGGAGUGAUGAGUUUAUUAUACAAGAUUCUAAUUGGCCUAGUCACAGUCAUGCUACAUCUUUAGUUGGCCAAGCAAGUGAGCAUGCUGCUAUGGUUGCUUUGAGGCAAGGAAUUGCAGACCAGAUGUGGACAGACCAUCAGAACUACAAUGGAAACUAGUAUCUUGUAAUAUUUGUAAGAACCAUUUGUAAGGAUGCUAUGUUAUUGCAAGGAUGUAUUGGCUACUAUCUUUUAUUUGUAAGAACUAUUUGUAAGGAUGCUAUGUUAUUGUAAGGGCAUAUUGGUUGCUGAUUUUAAUGUUGCUAUGUCAUUGUAAGGAAGUAUUGUUUGCUAAUUUUAAUGUUGCUAUGUUAUUGUAAGGAAGUAUUGUUUGCUGAUUGGUAUGAUCCUGAAACUUGUAGGGAAGAAAUGGAAGCUGAAGGACAAGGCUUCACUAAUGGGCAUGCUACCUGGACAUCAGCAAUGUCCUCUUUCAUGUUGUCCUACCUUACCAAUGUGGUGUCAAGUGGCGAAAGGACAUCAUCUGGUUUUAAGAAA